AUGUGCUUUCGCCCUUGCUGCUCGACACUGUUCAUGAAUUUCUCCUCCGAAGCAGUGCUGACCUUGGCAAAGAUGAACGUUUCAUUUUCAGGGGAAAGCGUAAUUCAAGGUAUCUGGCAAGACGUCCUACUGUCCUGGAGUACGCAGGUGGUAUUUCUCUUGCGAGUAGUACGCGAAGCUGGCUCUGUCUCGUGGUUAAACGUCAUUUCCUUAAUGCCCGGAAGCCAAAGUUAUGAGGACCCAUCCGACAAAGCUGAACUGGAAAUGGAACAGGAAGAUGGAGCGCUUCAGAAGGCCGACUAA